AUGUUUCGCCGAUUAAACGAACUCGGCGCCAACUUGGAUGCACAAAAUUCGUCCGGUCUCACUGUUUUACAUAUCAAAGUGCGGGAGAAUGACCUCGAUGGUGUGCUAAACCUACUUACUCAAGGUGUUGAUCCUAACUUGGGUGAUAACGACGGGGCGACACCACUUCAUUAUGCAAUUAUGUUCAACGCAUCCAUUCAUAUCAUUCGUGCUUUGCUUAUCUUUGAGUCCGAUCCAUGCUCUUUGGACAACCGAUGGCGUAGUCCGAGACAUUUGCUUUGUGCGGAUCCUAACGGGUAA